AUGGUGCGUGCUGCCUCACAUCAGAUACUGCGGCGAGCGCAGACGCCACGGGAGGAUGACCUGCGGCCACAGUCCUCGCAAGCGUCGUCGCGCCCAGUGCAGCCAUUUCGCUCGAGCUCUCCGCACACGGAGUGGCAGAGCCGCAUCCUGGAAGAGCUCACAAAGACUUCGAAGCGCGGCAGAGCUCUCCCGACGCCCCGCUACAAGAAGGAACCGGAGCUCUCGCCCUUGAACUUGUCUUGCGAGGUCUGCAGCACAGACUGCUCCGACGGCAAGCUGCUGCCUGAGGAGGAGUCACCGCAGGAGCUCAAACGGCCGCCUCAGAAUGAUGUGAAGCUGACCCGCUCCACCUCGGAGUUGGCGCAGUGGCUGCCUGACAUCACAGAGGUCAUCUCUCGGUUGAGGGCGGGCGCGGAUGGCUUCUCUUCCACAGAGAUGGACCGGAUCAACACCGCGUUCCAACGUUUCAAGGAUCCGGACAAUCCGGAGAUCCACAAGGAUGAGCUUCCCAAGGUGCUUAUGCAUCUCGGCUACACGCAGAUCCAUGAUGCCCGCAUCCGGGAUCUCGCAGACGGAAUUACGAGGUAUCCCAUGCUAGAGAAGGCGGAGUUUAUCACCUUCAUGGAGAAACACGUGGAGUACGAGCUGCAUGCCUUCAGGGACAUCUUCGAGAGGUUUGAUGCAGACGGGAAUGGCUGCCUGGAUGCCGGUGAGCUGCACGUGUUCCUGUCUUCCUUGGGCUUCACGCCCCUGCGGAGCAUUAUCCGAGAGUCACUGGACCUCGUGGACCUGGAUGGCAACGGCACGCUCGACUUUGAGGAGACCGUGAUCCUCAUGCACGUCUACAGGCACUCCGAGGGUUUCACCCUGGACGAGCUGCAGGAGCUCACUGCAGCCUUCGUCGAGCAGACAGGAGCAAACGGGAAGAUGGACGACAGGACGCUUCCGGCAGACAGGCUGCAGCACCUGCUGAUCAGCUUCUUCGGGCCACGGGCGACCCAGUUUUCCACCGAACUGCAGGAGGAGAUCAUCAGAUCGGGUCGGCGGAAGAGCAACAUGGAUCCACAGGGUGACAAGGGCCCACCACCGGCUCUAACUUUUCAAGAGGCGGUACUGUGGGCCCGGCGUUUCCGGGAGAGGAUGUUCACGAGCUAUCGUGAUGUCUUCGACAAGUUUGACGACGACGGAAACGACAGCAUCGAUCUUCGGGAGAUCAAGAAUGUCAUCCGCGAGUUAGGUUUCACGAUCCCCCAGAAGACGGUCCACGAGCUGAUUGUGGAGGCCAGAAGGCGUGGAGACAUCCUGAACAGCGACAUGGACGGGCUGGACUACGACAGCUUUGUGCAUUUUAUGCAGCUGCUCAAUGAGAACGAUGGCUUCAACAAGCAGGAGAUUGACCGAAUUGCCAAGACCUUCAAGAAGUAUGACAAGGAUGGAAGUGGCGACAUCAACACCCUCGAGCUCUCGGACAUGAUGCGGGAGAUGGGCCAGGCGCCACGUAUCGAGGAGGUUCGCACCUUGCUGUCCGCCGUUGACAUCAACGGUAACGGAGUCCUAGACGAACGAGAGUUUAUUCGAUUCUCCCGGCUCUUCCGGGAAAAGCAGCUGGCGCGAGCCAAGAUGGUGUUUAUGAAUCACGCAGACCGGCAGCUUUGUCCCGAGAUGAUUCCUGCGAGCCAGGUGGAUUUGGCCAUCCACGUACUGCUGGCAGACGAAGCCAUCGAGGUGGCACCCCUGCCACCGGAGGAAGGGCCGCCGAAGGAUCAGCCGAUCGAGUUCGACGAGUUUGUCGAGCUUGCAGAUCGAAUGCGCGAAAGACUCAUCUGGACUUCGAAAAAGUUCGCCGGAUUUGGGGAAGCCGAGGUGAAUGAAAUCCGACAAAUCUUCGACAGCUUCGACACCAAGCGCGCUGGCAGCCUGAAGCCCAACGAGGCAUCAGAGCUGCUGAAGUCGCUGGGAAUCGAAGUCCGAAGUGUGGAGGAGCGCAUUGCACUCUCAGAGCAGAUCGCCACGGCGUGCCAGGAAGCGCAGGAGGCAGGUGCCGAGGCCGUGGUGGACGGCCAGGUCAACUUCUGGGUCUUCUUGCAGCUCUUUCGGGCCAUGAAGCGGAAGCAGGAUGAAGAGAAGGAGCGGCGCCUGAUGUCAGUCUGCGAAGAGGUGAAGUUCAACUCGCAGGAAGUCAACCAGUUCCAGGAAGUCUUCGAGCAGUGUUGGUCCUCACUCUACACGGACGGAGUGACUUCAGACACGAAGCAGAUACCAAGGACAGCCGUAUACAAGCUCUUCAGAAACAUGGGCAUGCGCCUCGAAGGACGAAACCGACAAGCCUUGGACGAUCAGCUCAAUGCCCUUCAAGCACAGAAGGGGAUAGACUUUCCGAACUUUCUACUGCUCAUGCGGUGGAUGCUGGACGUCGACUUCUGCAGUAUCUCAUCAUCGAAGCAGCCGGGAACGUGA